GCAGUCCCAGCAGCGAUGGGAGGAAAAUAACGACAUUUUUUUAUAUACAUCUUAUCAGGUAAUCUCACAAAAUGGAGGGAGGAAAUUUCGGCUACUCCCAAGACUAUCUAGACCGCUUCAUCCAAAGCCAAGACUCAUCUGUGGUGAACAAGUUCCAGCAGAAGUACUGGAAAACCAAACAGACGCUGAUCAAGGUCACGGGGAAGAAAGAGGACGAACAUGUGGUGGCGUCAGAUGCAGAUCUGGACGGCAAGCUGGAGGUCUUCCACUCCAUCCAGAGAACAUGCAUGGAGCUGCUAAAGGUCAUCGAGCAGUACCAGAGGAGGAUCUGCUUUCUUUCUCAGGAGGAGAAUGAGCUGGGCCGUUUCCUGCGCUCUCAGGGCUCGCAGGAUAAAACCAGAGCUGGAAAGAUCAUGCAGGCGACCGGGAAAGCGCUCUGCUUCUCCUCCCAACAGAGAUUGGCUCUGAGGAGCCCUCUGUGCCGUCUGUACCAGGAGGUUGAAACAUUUCGCUACCGAGCGAUCUCAGACACGUGGCUCACGGUGAAUCGAAUGGAGCAGUCGAGGACUGAAUACCGCGGGGCGCUGCUCUGGAUGAAGGACGUAUCUCAGGAGCUGGAUCCAGAUACUCAUAAACAGAUGGAAAAAUUUCGCAAGGUUCAGGCCCAGGUGCGCACAACCAAAACAAGCUUCGACAAACUGAAGAAUGAUGUCUGCCAGAAAGUCGACCUGCUGGGAGCCAGCCGCUGCAACCUCCUCUCUCACGUGUUAACCACGUACCAGACGACACUUUUGCACUUCUGGGAGAAGACGUCCCACACGAUGGCGGCCAUUCACGAGAGCUUCAAGGGCUGUCAGCAUUACGAGUUCUCCACACUAAAGACCUUACAAGGCCCCAUGGACAAGCUGGCAAAGAAGAAAGGGAAGAAGAAACUUAAAGCAGAGGCAGAAGACGGGAAAAAAGCCAAGACCACAGACGGCCAACUCAUCUCACUAGUAACUGAAAACACCAGCGAUAAGACCACAGAAGAGUUGGAGGUAGAGAAGGACAGCAUGGCGUUACUGAACGAGAUCCUGGGCAGUAUGUCUGUGGAUGAGGGGGACUUCUCCCGAGAGUGGACGGAGGUGUUUGGAGACACCGAGGAGGGAGCGAGCGCAAGUCGACCAGCAGAGGCCCAGAUAAAGGAAAACUCCUUCUUUCUACCAUCUCAGCUGCUGGACCAGAGUCUGAAUAAUCUGCAGUCUUCCCUCUCAGAUCGGGCCGGGAUCAUACCGCAGCCCGUCGCUGAGGCAACAGAGCACUCAUCUGGAGCCAAUCAGAACCUCUCUAAGCCAGCGGUGAAAGAGAAAGCAGAGACGUCCAAAGACCUCUCAGCCUGGUUCAACCUGUUUGCCGACUUGGACCCCCUCUCCAAUCCCGACGCGGUCGGCAAAAACGACUCGGAGCACGAGCUUCACAACGCAUAGUUCUUCCUCAGAGUCAUGGUGAUCUGAAGUGUUGUUGGUGGGUACAGCAGAACAAAGCCGCCAACGUGAGCGGAAAAAAAUCUGAUC